UAGAGGAGCUGAAGGGGAUUCCAUCUCGCCCCCCCAGUGUGUGGGUGGCCCAGGGUGACGGGGGGGGGGUGCUGGAGGUGCAGGGGGUCCCCUCAAUGUGUGGGUGCCCCGAGACAGGGGGGCUGAAUUGCAGGUGCUCCCCCUGGGGGUGCUGGCACUGGGCAGCUCCCCCCAAUGUGUGGGUGCCCCAGGAUGGCGCGAGGGGUGCUGGAGGUGCGGGGGGUCCCCCCUGACACCCCAGAGGAGCUGCUAGUCCUGUACUUCGAGAGCCAGCGGCGCUCCGGGGGUGGCCCUGUGCAGAGCUGCCAGCGCCUCGGCCCCCUCUUCUUCCUCACCUUCGAGGACCCCCAGGAUGCACAGAACGUGCUGACCCGUGGCAGCCACCAGCUGGGGGGGGCCAAGCUGGGGGUGUGCCUAGCCCCCCCGUGGGACCCCACCCGCCUGCUGCUGCGUGGCCUCGACCCCUGGACCCCUCCCGAGCUCCUGGACCUCCUCCUGGAGACCCUGCUGGACGUCUCCCCUGGCACUGUCACGCUGUGCCGGGGCCCCGCACCCGACUGGAGGCUGCUGCACCUGCGGGACCCCCUCACCCCCCCAGAGCUGGCGUCGGCGGAGCAGCGGGCGCAGAGCCGGGGGCUGGCGCUGCUGCGGGUGCCACAGACCCCCGCGGUGCUGGUGCGGGCGGCGGGGCCGGCGCUGAGCCGGGACCUGCUCGAGCUCUACUUCGAGAACCGACGCAGUGGCGGCGGCUCCGUGCAGGAGGUGCAGCUGCUGCCGGGCGGGCACCGGGCCAUUGUCACCUUCCAGGAGCUGGCAGCCGCGGAGCGGGUGCUGCAGAGGCCACACCGGCUGCAGGAUGCGGUGCUGGAGCUCACCCCCCACUAUCCCUUCCUGGAGCCACUGGAGGAGGACGGAGACCCUCCCCUGGAUGUGGACCCCCACCCCCUGGACACAGCCCCCCCUCUGGACACAGCCCCUCUGCUGGACACAGAUUCCCUGCCGGACACAGACCCUGCACCGGACACAGCCCCCGCCGUCCCAGAGCUGGCAGCACCGGCAGAGCCGCGGGCAUCGCACCCAGUGCCAGUGCAGCCAUUGGCUGCCUUCCCCAGCAGGGACAAGGACACAGAGGGGCUCGAGGCCGUGACCAACCAGGGCCAGUGCCUGGAGCGGGUGUCAGUGGUGGCCCCAGAGUCAGUGGUGACAUCGGUGCUGGUGCCAGCUCUGCUGGCGCAGGAUGAGGUGCUGGUGCCAGCGGAGCCGGGAGCACUGCAGUACCUACAGCGGCACUACCAGGACCUGCUGGGCAGCAUCCCUGAGGUGUCCCUGCUGCCUCUGGAGGGAGGGGACAUCGCUGGGUUCCGGGUGAGUGGGGAGCUGGGCCGGUGCCAGGCAGCAGCAGAUUUCCUUCAGAGCCUGCUGGGCUCCGUGGCCUCGCACCCCGUGACGCUGCACUUCCCUGGUGUUGCCCGCUUCCUGCGGGACCUGGACGGGCAGAGCCUCCUCCAGCAGCUGGAGAGCCGCUUCCAGUGUGUCAUCCACCUGGAUGGCGUCCCCUGGAGACCCCCAGACCCGCAGGAGCUGGAGGAGCUGCUGCCCCUGAGCCGCCAUUGGGACCCCCAGCCCUCAGCACCACACCCCUGGCACCAGGACCUGCCUGAGGGUGAUGAUGAUGCUGCUGAUGAUGACAGUGAUGGCUUUCACUCCAGCAUAGAGGAGAUCAGGGAGCUGCUGGCAGCGCUGCGCCCUGGCGAGGCUGACGACCAUGGGGACCCCAAGGUGUGGCCUGAUGCCAUCCUCGGCAGUGAGUGGGACCCUGAUGCCAAGUUCCCCGACACGGCUGAUGGGAAGGGUGCCGGGGAGCCGCUGUUGGGCACUGGGGUGGAGGAGGAGGCGGAGAUGGCUCUGGCUAUCCAGUAUUCCAUGGAAAACAUGAGGCGUGAGGAUGAGGAGCUGGCACGCGCCACCGCUCUCUCCCUGCGCUCCUACUGCCGGGAGCGGGAGCAGGUGGAGGAGGAUGCUGGGCUGCUGGCCGCGCUGGAGGCCUCGCUGGAGGAGGCACUGGUGGCAGCAGACACGGCGCAGGUGACAGUGUUCUGCUCCUUUGAGCGGGACGUGUCGGAGGUGCCGCAGGAGCUGGAGCGGGCGCUGGCGGGGCGGCUGCGGGCGCAGGAGGUGGAGAGUGAGCGGCUGCGGGCGCUGCCGGCCGCCGGCCACCAGGCACUGGCCCUGCUGCAGCGCCGGCACGCCGUGCACCUCAGCCUGCGCGGCGGCACCGCCACGCUGCACGGCUUCGCCGAGUAUGUGGCCUCUGCUGCCCACGACCUCGCCAUGCUGCUGCGGCGCCGGCCGCUGCCGGAGCUCAGUGCCGCUGCUGUCACCGCUGCCAGCACUGCUGCCGCACACUGGGUGCGCUGGGACCCCUCCGGCACUGUCGUCCCCUACGCCCCUGAGGCAGCAGCGCUGCUGGAGCAGGCCUGGCUGCGCCGGGAGCGCCGGCUGGACCUGGUGCUGGACGGGCGGCCCCUCACUGUGGACUUGGAGCGCAUGGAGGAGUACGACAUCGGCAGCGCCCGUGCCGUGCCUGUCUGCCGCAGCCAGCCCCCAGCUGAGAGUGCCCGCUGCCUGCUCGGGCUGGAGGUGCCAGGGCUGGAGGAGGAGGUGCGGCUGAUGCCACUGGCCGAGGACUCGGAGGAGUUCACUGACACUGUUCACCAUUUCUACGGGACACUGGAGGAGCUGCACAGCCAGAUCAGCAUCGUGCAGGUGCAGAAGCUGAUCCACCCACUGCUGUACAAGCAGUACCAGCUGAAGAAGGGCAGCGUGGAGCGGGCGUGUGCCGCUGGCACCGCCGCGGAGCGCGUCCUCUUCCACGGCACCACCAAGGCCUCCAGCCGUGAAAUCUGCCUGCACGGCUUCAACCGCAGCUUCUGCGGCAAGAACGCCACGCUGUACGGCCGCGGCGUGUACUUCGCAGCGCGCGCGGCCAUCUCGGCGCGGGAUCAGUACUCGCCGCCCAGCGCCGACGGCACCAAGUUCAUCUUCGUGGCCAAGGUGCUGACCGGGAUGUUUGCGGCCGGGCGGCAGGGGCUGCGGGCACCCCCACUGCGGGAGGGGGCCGAGGGCCCCCAGCGCUACCACAGCGUUGUGGACAACCCCCAGCAGCCCGACAUCUUUGUCAUCUUCAACGACACCCAGGCCUACCCCCAGUACCUGAUCACCUGCCGCCGCAGGCACCCUCCCUGACCUCCCUGAGCCCCCUGGCACUGUCUUUGCCGUGGGGGCACCCCCUGAGCCCCCUGGCACUGGCUCUGCCAAGGGGGCACCUCUUGAGCCCCCCCGACACCAGCUCUGCCGCAGGGGCCCCCUUUGACCCUCCUGGCACUGUCCUCGCAGUGGGAGCACCCCUCGAGCCCCCUGGCACUGGCUCUGCCAAGGGGGUACCUCCUGAGCUGUCCAGCUCCAGCUCUGCCAUGUGGUCCCCCCUUGACCCUCCAGAGCCCCCUGGCACCAGUACCACCACAGGGGUUACAGUGUCCACCUCCACACCAAGUGCUUGAGGAGUCCCUGCCAUGGGGGCUCAGGGGAAUUCCCGCCCUGCUCAGGAGUCUCAGAGUGGGGGGGUCCCCACCUGGGCACAUUCCUGGAUGCCCUUAUGCCAGGGCAGGAGCCCGACAGGAGGACUUUGGGAUCACCAGUGUGACAGCAGUGAAAUUUGGAAUGAAACUGCAAAUAAAACUGGGAAUAAAUUGGA